UAGGAUUAAAUUUUGAACACAAAAUUUCAUGUUGUGUCGUAUAAUAUUAUUUAAAAACUAACGUUCUCGAGAAUGUCUCAUUAAAUAUUGAUAGUUUUUUAUCACCUUAAUGGCCUAUAGUUUAGAAAUUUCUCAUGACAUGCAUUCAAAAUCAGAAGAUUGUGAAAUUGAAACAACAUGUGCACCACAACUAGUGGAUGCCCUCCUAAAGUUUCCGAGUUUCAGAGCAACAACAGCGACAAGCGAAGCAGCUUUCAGUCUAGUUGGAGAUGCUCGCGUCGAAAGGUCGAUCUUAUUUCUCAUCGCUGGCGUGCAGUUUUUUGUGUUUUUGAGAUUUUUCAUCAGUGAUUAUUGGUGUGUUUUAUACGGUUUUUCGGGAAUAAAAACCGAAGAAUUAGUGGUAAAGCUACCGCACGUGAAGUUGAAUUCAUUAGGAGUGUUUUUUUACGUUCAACUAAGUUGGGGCUUUGAUUGCAUUGGAUUCGAACGAUUUUUCAUCCAAGAGUGGAAAGUAAGCCGCAUCAGCAGACAUGUUUUCGUUUUCGGAAAAUUUUCCGGUCCGAGAGGCAAAAAUGGUGAUGGUUACGUGAAAAUCCGUGGUGGAUGCUAACAAACUCGGAUGCGUUGGUCGUUUGGGAAGCAGUGAGUCAAAGUUUUGGAACGUGUGCUAUUGAUUAAAGUGAAAUAAUUGGGAUUCAUAAUUGCUAGACAAGCGGAGUGAAAAUAUAGGAGGAAAAAAAGUUGCACAAAAGAGUACGCCUGAAGAGUACGUAUAGUUGUGUUGGUGCGUAAAUGAAUAAAGUUUUAUGGUGUAUGCGUGCGGCUAACGUGAGACAGGAUAAAACGCAGGAAGACAAAAAGGAUAUCCAGUUUUAUGUAUACAAACACAACAUACAGUGACAGAGGCAGUCAACAGCAUAAGCAUAAGCAGCAGCAUAGACAAAGCAGGAGAUCUGCCUUUUUGCCUAUGUGCUGAAAAAGCAAAACGCGACGAGCGAAACCUGGUUCGGAUCAAAGGUGGUCGUCACAGACGAAUGGGAAAAGUGCAGCCGAAGUUGAGUCUCGACGAAUGCGCCCACCGAUAAAAAAGGUCUCUUGCGGUUGUGUGAGCAAAACCAAUAUCAUUUGUGCAUAUCAAACUAGGAGGAUACGCUCCAGGAAUCAAAUUUCAGUGCUUGCACGUCGGUGAAGCUUAAUCUGUGGGAGUCUUUCCGCGCGUUAGAAAAAUAGAAGACCAGCUGUGCAGUGAAUGAAAAUCGAAGAGAAAGUGUGAAAACAAACAUACGUCUUUUUCGAUGGCUUUCGGCCGUUAGUGCUAGCGCGGGAAGGAAGUGUACGGUGGAUAAUGAGUGGUAAAAGCACCUCCAAGAAUAGGUGAACGGGCCGAAGAAGAUGGAAAAUGUCGAUAGUUUCCUAUCUUGUCUUAUUGAAAUCGUUGUUUGCGACGCGAGCGUGAAAAAGUAGGGCUAUAAUCGAUUUUUCACGGUAUAUUUAUCCGCUUUCCUAAGAGAAGAGUGUGCAUAACAUACAGCAGGGCUCCGCCAUUGAAGUGGCUUCGACCCUGAGAAGACUGUUUUUGAUCGCCUUUUCGGUAGCGGGCAAUAUAUUCCCCAAGUAUUAGAGCAUACAUAAACAAACACACACAUACACGUUAAAACAUGGAUAUCGGAAUGGAGCGCAACGAGGGAGGCGCCACAAUUGGCACCCUUUUCCAGCACAUUGUCAACGACAUGAAGAAUUCUAGUCCGCUGUGGGAAGACUUCAUUGCGAAAGCUACAAAAUUGCACGCUUGUUUACGGGCUGCAAUACAGGCAUUAGCGGUAUAUUUGGAAGCAUUCCAGAAAAUCGCUGAUGCCGCUACCAACUCAAAAGGUGCCACCAAAGAAAUUGGUACCGCACUGACACGGGUAUGCCUGCGGCACAAGGCAGUCGAGACGCGGAUGAAAACCUUCACCGCCGCAAUUAUGGACUGCCUGAUUGUGCCUCUGCAGGAGAAACUGGAAGACUGGAAGAAACAGGUAGCCAUCAUAGAUAAAGAUCAUGCCAAAGAAUACAAACGCUGUCGAACAGAGCUGAAAAAACGCUCCAGUGAUACGCUGCGAUUACAGAAGAAAGCCAAGAAGGGUCAAACCGAUAAUUUGCACAUUCUGGUGGAGUCUUCCAUGCAGGACGUGACGCUGCGGCGAAGUGAACUCGAGGAGGUCGAGCGGAAAUCGCUCCGCUCCAUCAUGGUUGAAGAGCGGUCACGUUACUGCACCUUUGUAAAUAUGCUACAGCCUGUGGUACACGAAGAGUGUGAAGUGAUGUCGGAACUAAGUCACCUGCAAGAAGCAAUGCAAAUAAUAGCAGUAGUCACGAAAGACCCCGCAGUCCUGCCUCAAGCUUCGGAAGAGCUGAUUCUUGAGUCGAAAACGAAUAUGAACCUAUACCCGGACUCGCCCGGUGGAUCGAACUCUCAGGGAGCUUGUUCGAAUUCGUUAGGAUCUCGAAAGAGUUCUGUUUGUUCAAUCAGUUCAAUAAACAGCAGCAGUAGUGGUUCUCCAGGACACCAAUUCCAAAGAUCUCUAUCACAGUACUCUCCGGCGAUACGUUUGAAACCAGGUGAAUCUAGUGAUAGCGGAUUUUGUUCUUCGCCAGCCUUAACUUCACAGGCAUCAACGCUCGCUAGUCAAUCACAUGCAGUUUCUACGUGGCCACCCCAUACGCAAGAUGGCGCCAGCUCUGCCGAUCGACCACACACAAUAUCGUCAGCGUACGAGAAAGGUCACCAACGGCCAGCGUUAACAGUCUACACGUUCCAAAACCCAGAAGCGAUAUCGGAAAACCAAAAAUCCCCUGCCAACAUAUCGUGCCGGCCACCACUUCCAGUCCGAUGCUCAUCACUUGAGAGGCCUCUCUCGACUGCUUCCAUAAAGAAUUCCAAUUCGAAUGUUCCACGACAAUGUCCCUCGCCAAUUCCUGCCCACAUUACCAAAGAACACCCACAAUUACAACCCACCUACGUCAAUAUGACGGAACUGGCAUCGAUGGCUGCCUCAAAGAAUACUAACAAUAAUAACCAAACUGCAACUAAUCAGCCACAGUCGUCGGCACAAACUCCAGUGCAGCAGCCCCAGCUGAUGGGAUACCAACCGCUACAGCAGCCGAAUUCUCCGGUGCUCUCGUCGGCGUCUUCGCUCAUAUCGCCAGAUUCGAGUGCUACCAACGCAAUCAGCUCACCGGAUGUAUCCGCCUGCAGCACUCAAACACCUCAAAAUACUCCUCAGACUGGUUCACCACAGACGCCUAUCUACAGUAGUAGUUCGGUGAUUGUUCCUACAAUCAGUGCAAACAACUGUGCUGAUGAAAAUGAUGGUGGUGGUAUGAGCACUGCUAACGGUGACGGAAGUGGGCCCCUUUUGGCCGUCGUCGAUGGAACUGCCAAUCCGGAAAACGCAGUCGCUGGCGGAAACGAAAAUAAAGAUAUCCUUAAAUGUACCGGUUCAGUUUUAGAGAAAACGUCGAUGUUCGAGCAGCAAAUUAACAACAACCAAAAUGCACCCACACGAAGCGAACCUAUCUACGGUCGGAAAGGCGAAGACAUUUACAAAACUACGGGUCUGCUAGCGGAACGAGAAGCAGAUCGGAUCGACAAAGAGACAAUAGAGGAGCUAAAUAAUCUAAUCGGCGAACUAGACCUUUUUCAAAAAGAGCACGAACUUCGAUUAGGAGAACAAUACUGCCAGCCGCCACCCUCGGCCACCCACACCCAGGAGAACGGUAUGAUCUACUCCAACAAUAACGUCAAUGGAAACUUGUCGUCGAACAACAGUGAUUCAGCUGCAAGUGAUCGCAACGACAAAAUAUCAAUCUCCAGUUCAAUGAAUAUCGAAGGGAUAAACCUAUCACUCAAUAGCGAUAACGAUAUGUGCAAGCUCAACGUAGAACAAGAUGGGUGUGACGCUGUGGAUUAUUCUAACACAGGUUUCGAAAAUCCGUCCUUUAUGCAUUUGAACGAUUCUGAAAUCGUAGUAAUUCGGCAAAAUGAAUUUGGAAGGGUUGAUCCGGAAAACUAUUACAGUCAAAAUAUGAGCGAAGUAGUUGUCUUGCGAUGUAAAGAUAUUGCCAAGCCGGAUGCAAAUCGAAUAGAAGAGACCGUGAGUGUCGACAGCCAACAACGACUGAGUUCAUUCAAGUUGAAUUCGAGAUCGGCAUCACCGGCACUUUCGUCGUUUGCAGUGUCGCGAUCUCCAACGCCGUCAUUGUCGGUGUCGCAAUCAACUGCAACAACUCCCACGAUGGCGUCACCGCAGCAUAAUAUUGCUAUCAGCAUAUAUAACAAUAAUAACCACAACAGCAACCAUGUGAUAAGCCUACACCAUCCAAUCCAACAACAACAACAGCAGCAGCACUUCACCAACGGUAAUGAGAAAUGCUCGUUGAUCUCCAUGCCUUCUGAUGAGCGCAUUAAUAGAAUUAAGCCAGCAAUCACGCCACGACCUGCAUCGUUAUCUGGGCCCAAUCGUGUUGCCAGGCGGGCUUCCGUAAAUACAGUGAAGCCACCACCACCCGUGCGACGAAGCUCCAGUGUAACGCCCAGUCCGAAUCUCGGAACGGCUUCGCCGAAUUUGGCUCAGCAAAGUCUUGCGUAUACAUCAUCGGAAAGUCUUCCACCUCCUCCUGCCUAUCUUCUUGAUAGCACAACUGGAAACUCACUCAUUCCAGGUAAUGUAGCGGGUACGGUAAAAGCAUUGAAUGAAAUCCGGCACAAGCCGGCUAGUCCUGGUGUUCUGAGACGCGCUCAACAACCCCUUCCGAAUCAACAACCUCCCGCUUCGUACUGCCCUAAUACAUACAACAGCACGCCAAAACACGAUCUCUCUAGCACAUCUUCUAUGCCUUAUACAACACAAUCACCGCCAAAUUAUUUACCUCCCAUGAGCGAUAAUCCUAAUACGUCAUCCUCACGAAACACGAAGUCAUCGUCACAUCAGCAAGGCAUUUACGCACAACCCAAACAACUUACGAGUAUGUCCAGCUUCCGAACAGCAAGUCCAGGUCCGCAAAAACAAAGCACAGGAUUCCUGGCGCAAUUGAAUGCCAGAAUCGCACCCAAUAAGCCACAAACACCAGCAUCUCCACAGCACUAUCAGCAACAGCAGUCCUUCACAUACACGACGGCACCUUCGAACGAAUCCGCCUACCACAGGAGUAGUCCAGCAGAUCAGCGGACAUCCUACAGCAGUAGUCAUCACCAGCAAUCACAUCAACCAGCACAUGGGAUAUAUUCAUCUGCAUCCCAGCAAGCAUCUGGUCACCACCAGCAGCAAGCGAACUAUUACCAGCAACAGUCGCAUUCGCCUCCAGUCAGCCAAAGAGACGGUAAAAAUCAAGUUUAUUCCUCCGCACAUUCUCAAAUUCCGCAGGCACAUCACUAUCAACAUCAACAACAGCAACAGCAGCAGCAAACAACGACCUCGCAAUACUACUACCAAUCCCAACCGCAGCAAAACUAUGCCGCCCAAAAUAUCUACGUUUCCACUAAUCCUUUCGCGACCGCCAGUCCGGUCCAUGCUGGUGGUGUGUCCAGCUAUUCGCCCUCAUCGUUUGGAAAAGCUCCUGCUCGGGAUAGUAGCAGCAGCAGUGCAAACGGAAGUGGUGUUGGAGUUAACAAUACGCACGACAAUUCCGGCCAUGGUGUUCUCUACAACCGUUCAAGUUCAAACCGUAGCAAUAGUGCAAGUAAUGCAAAUUCCAAUAAUGUUCUCGCAAAAACGAGUGCAGGUUUUUUGGAAAACCUUAACGCCAGGCUAGCAGAGCAAAGACUGUCCGGAAAGGCAUUUGCAGUGCGAAAUCUCAUCAAUAGCAAAGCGUUGCCCGACCCUCGGAUAUGUCACGAAUCUCUAAUGGAUCAAAUCAAGCGUGGCGCAACGCUAAAACGCAAUCGAACGAUAAACGACCGAAGUGCGCCGAAAAUUCACUAAAAAUCGACGCGCAUGAAGCAAACGAAUCAUCAUACCAAAUAGAGAAAUUUUCAAUUAAAGGAAAAGCGUUGGUCAUAUCAGAACCACAAAAGUAAGGUAAAUUUUCAGAUUGCGGUACUAUUCCAAUCUGUUCGAGUUAACAGCAUAGUAAUAUCCUGAUAGUAUUUCGUCCAGAACAGCAAGAGAGGAAAAUGAAGGCGAGCUCGGAGUUUUUUUUUUGUUUCAGUACCUACAGUUACAUAAUUUGUUGAAUUAUUAUUUAUCGCUAGUCGAAGUAGAGGAAAAAACACAUCACUGAUGAAAUAUGAAUGGACAGGGUGAGAAUUCUUUGAAGAACUGAUUGUAAUCAAAAUAUUUUUAUUAAAAUACAACAAAGUAAUGAUGUGAAUAAAUGGAAGUUAAUUAUACAUAUUUGAAAUGUUAUCUAAUAACUAACGUGUAUUUAGAAUUGGUUCAGGAUUUGCUGUAUUAGUUAGAAUGCUGAAUAUCACAACGCGCAACGUUUACACUCAGACAUUGCUGCAACUAUAUCUACCAGAAUUUGAAUUAUGGAAGUAAAAAAAAAACUUUCUAGGAACGUGCAUAGAAAGUACGCUUUCGUUUUAUCCCUCAUCGUGUCUUCGAAUGAGCACAACUUUUACAGUAACCUUAUACAUAUACUCACGAAAUUUAUACCAAAGGAACGAUUUUUCAUUUACAUUUCAAAACUUUUAACACAAUUAUCAAGUUUUAAUCUGCAUAUACAGAACUGAAUACUGCGUAGAGAACAAAAGUAUACAAUAGAAACAAGAUAUCAUUUUCUCGUGAAAAAAAAUGAAACCAUGAAGCACUGAAAUUAAAGUCUCCUUUAGGAGCAAGUUAGAAUUCCUCGGAUGGGGAACCAACAAUUACAUCAAUUAACGACAAGCAGAAGCAUUGGAUAAAUGUAUGCAAAGGGAUUCGACUUAAUUUCCAUGUGUUCAUUGGGCUGAUGUUAAUUUGAAGAUUGAUUUAAAUGCUGUAAAAUGACAAAUCGUAAACCAACAUCUGUUAACAAUUUGGAAAAAAAAACUUGCUGAACACACACCAUUCAAUAUGGAGUAAGUAUUGUAACACUCGUUUUGAAUAUUAGAACACCCAAAACAUACUAGAAUCACCGAUAAGCAUAAGUUGCAUUCUGACAAAGUGUAUCAUUGAAGGAAUACC